AUCUCACCUCCCGAGCUCUUCAAGCAGCUUUUCAUUGCUGUUUUGGGUUCAGGGCUAUUAAUUGCUGAGGCCACCCUAUCCACACAUUCAAGUUUGUCAAGCUUUUAUAACAAAUGCAAGAACUAUAUUGCUGUCACUUGUCAGGGCAACAUUUGGGCUGAGAAACUUGAUGAUAUAUGCCAGGUUUAUGAAACAGUAGAGACAAUGCUACUAAAUCAAGAUGAAGCACUGAAGGAGACUGCCCAGCCCGAGGAAACCGCAGGUACAAGUGAUAUGAAAAACCGUCUCAAGAAACUCAGCUUAAUCUUCAGCGGCAAAAAUAAAUCCUCAUCCAAAGCUCCCUCUAAAGACUCAAAGAACAACGAGGAGAAGCCCUUCUCAAUAUUUGCAAAGAAACCUCCAAAGGCCGCCGCCUCUCCAGCUGAUAAGCCUUCUGGUUCAGUUGAAAACGACUGGACAAUUGUGUAAGCAUGUAAUAGUAUGUUGCUUUCAAGAACAGCUAAAAGAACAAUGCAUAACAAGUCAUCUGUUUCCUAGCAUUUCCCAACGAGAAGGUUGAAAUCAAGACUGUUUUUCAUGGUACACUGCAAAUUAACCACGUUCCAGAAGACUGAGUUGUGACAGGGUGAAGAUCUGUUGCCGAUCGUAAACACCAAAAGUCAAGGUUUAUGUUGGUGCACAUUACAAUUGGCCGACGAGGACGGGGGAGUUAUCAACCCUGGUUGUAAGGAGACUCUAGUUUCGGCUGUCUCAUUUUUAUUUAAUUCUCAUAUGCAAUUAGUUCCGGUCUACAGCAACUACUCCCUACUCUUUGGUUUUACCUUUUACACUUUACUGCAAUUAAUUGUGGUGGUAGCAAUGAGAUCCUUUUAACAUUGUCUACAGUCCAAAAGGAUUAAAAAUUUGUUCCAAAAGCUAUUUUUUGCUACGAAUUAGUAGCAAGACGA